CAAAUUUCCGACAACACCUGAAGGCAUCAGAUCCUCUAAGCUACUGAGGCUCCUUCAUCCCCAGCAGAGGACAGAAGAAGAAGAAGAAGACGAAGAGGAGAAGAAGAAGAAGAAGAAGGUGUUGUUAUCAGUCCGCUGCUCACCAUGCUGAACACGCAGAGGUCUCUGUCCGAGCUGCCCAAGAUGUCCGCGGCCAGUCAGGUGGAGAGAGCCGUACUGGAGGAGGAAUUCAACUGGCUGCUUAAAGAGGAAGUCCAUGCUGUCCUGAAGCAGCUCCAGGAUGUCCUCAAGGAGGCAUCAAGACGUUUCUCUACGCCGACACCAGGUCUGGAGAGUCAGCUCAAGCAGGAAAACUUCAUCCUCGGCAGCUCAACCAUGGAUCAGGUGAAGGGGGUGCUAACUCUGCAGGGAGAGGCUCUGACUCAGGCCGACAUAAAUCUGAAGGUUGCAAAAAGUAGCCAGGUGCUGCACUUUCAGUUCAGAGACGACAAGCAGUGGAAGCUGCAGCAGAUCCAGGAUGCCAGGAACCAUGUGAACCAGGCUCUGCAGCUGCUGAACAGCCGUGAUGAGAGCUACCACUUCCAGACGGGGGCUGAAGUCAAUAAGCUCAUGGAUGCAGUGAUGCUGCAGCUGACGCGAGCACGAAACCGCCUCACCACCCCGGCCUCCAUGACUCUCCCUGAGCUGGCCACCAGUGGUCUGAUGAAAAUGUUCACUCCUCCCAUGCCUGGAGAUGUGAUGGUGAACUUUUACAUCAACUUGAGCAAACUGUGUCUGACGGUCUACCAACUUCAUGUGCUGCCCCCCAACACCACCAAGAAUUUCAAACCAGCUGGAAGUUCAGUGUUGCACAACCCUGGAGCAAUGUUUGAGCUCAACAACAACCGUUUCGAGGUGAGCCAUGUUCACAAGGUGGAGUGCGUGGUGCCUUGGCUCAACGACACGCUGGUGUUCUUCACCAUCUCCCUGCAGCUCUGUCAGCAGCUUAAGGACAAGAUAUCAGUCUUCUCUAGUUUCUGGAACUACAGACCUUUCUAAUCCUCCAAACUAACCACACAAGUGUAAGGGACAUCCUGUGAAGGUUUUAUUUUUUAUAUGUUGUUCACCCUCUCAUUCACUCUAAGGUGUUGCAUGAAUAGGCGAAGGAGCCAAUCAAAUCUUAACAGAUAUCAAUAUUUGCCAUUUCCCACAUUGCAUCUUACAGCCCUGACUUGAACUCCUGAAAGAACGAAUGUUAUUGUUGUUGAUUUAUCAGUAGAAUUUAUUUGUUACAUUCAAGCUAUUUAAUACUAAGUAUUUAUCCCAAAGUUUUCAUGUGAACUGUUGUUUGGAAAACUAAUGUGUGUACUCAGGGUUGGAAAACUUAGAAGAGUAAGAAGUUAGAGCUCACAGCGGGAGUUUUGUUCUUGAAAUGUUUAUUAUUUCCCUCAUUUCCCCCCAACAUUUUCACACUCCCCUGUGAGACACAUGGUCAUAAAGAUGACAUAAAGAUGCUCCAAACAUAUUUACUCAAUCAGCUUCUCUGGGUGUUUUCACACCUAUAAUGUGUUUGCUCUGGUCAGAAUUAUUUAAUGAGUUUCCAAAUGCACAGAGUUUCUUUUCACACAGAAAACUCCAAGUGAACCAAAAUGCAUCACUACAAACCACGUGACAAUUUCCACUCCUCUUAUUGGUCAUAUGUAUCUAGGGCGGGAGCAAGAAAGUAAAUAUGGAUAGAAGGUAUAUUAUUAGGCCAAACGAGACUUGAAUUUCUUCUCUGAGACCAGCUGCUGCAGUGUGUGUGUGCUUUGCCACAUCCCAGAAUGCAAAGCAGAUCUGGCUACAGAAGCCAAUUAGCUCAAAGUUGGCAGUAAGGUCAGUUGGAUCAUGUUCCCACCACUAACAAAGCCCACCAGGUCUUAAAAGUCUAAAAAAGUCUAAUAUUUAAUAACCUGAAUUUCUGGCUAUAGGAAAAAUUUAAAUAUGUCAAUAUAUUAUGUACUAGGUCUUAAACAGGUUUAGGUAGGUCUUAAUUCUGUUAAUACUAAUUUAACACCACUUCCAUCACACUUUUAUUUUUUUAAGAAAAUGUUUUGGUGGGAUGUGUUGUAGUUCUUACAGAUAUUAACACACUGUAAUAAAACUACAAACAAAAGCGUGGAAGUAAUACCUGAUAGUCCACAAACACCCUGGUCAGAAUGGAUCUCAGUACUCUCAGCUUGUCUGUGGGAAUGACUGUGGAUACUGAUAAUACUGUCUCUGUCUGUGGUUUGAGAGACAUCCUGGUGUUUCCAGGGUUAUUCUCUACUCCAAUACUUUACAUUAUCUUCAGUUAUGAGGCAGUGUAAGUAAUUGUGGUACUCUGAUAUUCCUUCAUAUCUGUCAUACUUCAUUCAUUAUUGUCUUAAAAAGUCUGAAAUGUAACUUUAGCAGAAGCCCCGUGGUAAGGACCAAUCAGGAGGAGAACACAGUCGAGAGAAUCAUCAUUAACAAAUGUUUCCGCUUUAACUUCAAAAACUCUGGAGUAGUUUGGACGUCAGACGUAAACGUAGCAACAAUGAUGCAUUUUGAAACUUUCUGGAAAACUACAUUGAUAGAAUAUCAAUGUGUACAAAUUGAGCCCGGGCACUGGUCAUGGUCAAUACACUGUAGUGAUCCACUUAAAGGAACAUUUCAACAUUUUGGGAAAUCCUGGAGUUAGUUCAGUUUGAUACUACUCUCAUGCCUUUAACUAUUGAGCUAUUUUAGCAGGGAUUGACAACUUGAUUGUGGAUUUUUUGUCACUUUCACUAAUCAGGACAUUUGAGACAGAGUUCAAAGUAGAGUUCAAUAAGUUGUUCAAUUAUCAAUGCAGGGUGUGUCAUUGGAUCCUAAAAAAUUGUGAAGACAAAAUAAAGUAAUUCUGUGAGGAGACACAAAAGUAUUGUGAAAACAUUUCCCAUUAUGAGCUCUGACGGGAUUAAAAUCAGUCCUUUAUAGUCACUGUUAAGCUACCAGUCAUGUCUGUGAUUUCAAGUGUUUGUCUGUUCUGUGUUCAUAUUUAUUUUACAUAUUUUGCACACUUUGUUGAUUCCCUGUGAACCAAACUCUAAUCUAAUUAUGAGCAAAUGACUUCAUUCCAGUAAGUGUUAUUCUCUAUUUUGAAAAGUUGCCUAUCAUAUCAAAUAUUAAAUGAUUUUUCUGUGCAAUAAAAUAUUCUAAACACUAA